CCCGCUCGCUGGAAACCUGCGGGCUUAGGAGCGCCUGGCGGGGCCCGUUUUCGGGGCGCUUGCCGCUUAAACUGUCGCGGGGGUCGGGCCCUUGAAGGACGCUCGCGGAGAUCCGUGGAGGGAGACUCGGGCCAAGUUCACUUUGGAUCACUAAGGCGCAAGGAACUCAGGUCUUUCUCUUCGUGCUGCGUUGAAACAGCUGAAUUGGCACCUGGAGUAGGAAGUUCACCAAAAAAUGGGAAUUUACCGAAAGAAGGCGCCUUCCAAACCCUUUUUCCUGACUGCCCCGCCAUUCUACUCCGCCUGCUGCGGUGGGUCCUGUCCGAGCCCUGCAUCCCCCACUGCUUUUCCAAGGGAGGAGAGCGUGCUGCCCCUCCUGACACAGGACUCUAAUUCCAAAGCUCGAAGGGGUAUUUUAAGAAGAGCCGUCUUUUCUGAGGACCAGAGGAAGGCUCUGGAGAAAAUGUUUCAGAAGCAGAAAUAUAUCAGCAAAAUAGACCGAAAGAAACUGGCCAUCAACUUGGGACUAAAGGAAUCACAGGUGAAAAUUUGGUUUCAGAACAGAAGGAUGAAGUGGCGGAAUUCCAAAGAAAAGGAAGUGCUUUCCAACAGAUGUGUCCAAGAAGUAGGCCUGCAAGAGGAUGCCCUCUCCCGAUCCGCUCUGGGUUACCCUUCUCCAUGUCCUUCACUCUGGGACAUCUCCCAACAGCACUCGAGUCCGCGAUGGAGGGAGAAUUCACCAGAACCUCCAGAAAGACUAACCCAGGAGAGUUCGGGGGCACAGCCCCCAGAAGCAAACUCACUGCAAGGUGCCUUACUUUUGUGUUCUGAAGAAGCUGCAGACAAGGGUGUACUUACCAGGGCCAUCUGAAUGGAAGCAUUCCUCCACGUUAAUUUAAGAGAACACUGAACUAAUAAUGUUUGGACUCUAAAACGAGCUAGCUUGUGCCUCGUCAGUGCCUAAAACCUAACACCGCUGGAGUGAUGCAUGAACUAAUGCUUUAGGAAACCCUUUCCAGUGCUCUGUUGUUUGGGUCUUAGACUCAGACUUAAUUUGUAUGUGGAAUAGUAUCUCCUAGAAAGUACAAUGGAAGUGAAAAAAAAUGAGAGUAAGAGUUGGCUCAGUCUGAUUAUGUGUAUAUAUGAUGUGUCUCUAUGUGUGUAUAUAUAUAAAUAUUCAUUAAACUACAUUAGGAGAAACACCAGUUCCUCUUUAAAUACUGCAUCAAGCAAAUUCAUUUCCUUUUAUAUAAAGAAAAGCCAGCCAUUGACCAAAUUUUAUUAAUUUUUAAAAAAUAAUGUAAAAGUUUGACUUUAGUCCAGAUUUUUAUAUCAUCAGUACAUGUUUUUAAAAUUUUUCUAUUUUCUGGUUUCAUUCAGUAUCCAGCUGUAAAUGAGUUUUAGCAAGUCAGCAGUCCUAAUCAAAUGAGCCACUGUUAGAUAUACACAUUGACAGUAUAUAUUUAAAAUUAAUCCAACAAACUGGAAGAAUUUCUGAAUGUAGCUAUUAGUAUUCUUAAUUUCCAAGUCUCUGGACUUUAUCAGGCCAUCAGUGAGGGAGCUACCCAUUUAACCAAUUAGUAUCCUUUGGGCUUUUCUCUGUAUGGAUGGGCCUUAAUCAGGGUUUGCAAAGUAAAAUGGCUUUAAGGGCCUGUCAGAUAAAAAAAAGCAUGAACCACCUAAAGAUAUUUGAAUUUUUUAAAAUACUGUGUUGGCCGAACAAAACAUCUGUGUCAAGCAGUUUGUGAUCUCUGGCUAGGACUUAUAGAAGUGACACAGUUUUUUAAAUGUUCCCAACUGGACUUGAGAACACAAUACCAAUGGAAUCUAUAGUGAUUUCUCUAUGUACUUCUAGUUAUAGACUUGAUUUUCCACUUAGGCGGUAUACAUUAUAUGUAUUAGGUUAUUUUUAUGCAUUAACAAACACCACACAGAUGUUUUAUGUUUUUGAGAACCCUGAAAUAGUGUUAUUAUAAAAUUGCCUUUCUGGUGACGAUUUGCUUAAUCUAGAAUUUUUAUUCCAGGUCCAAGAAAAAAUUAUGUUUUACUUUGAAGGAAAUGAGGCAGAGAAAAGGAAAUGAUGUGGUUUGAACUAGGUUAUUAAUCUGCAGACAAGAAACAUUAUUAGAAGUUCGUGAUGUAGAAUCUUGUUAGUGAGAAAGCUACAUAGAGAGUGGCUUCUAAUUUGCUUAUGUUCUUAACUGUAGACUUGGAGGGUUUAGAAAAGAGAAUAUUUCACCACUGUGCUGUACACCUGAAACUAUAAUACUGAAUGUCAACCGUAAGGGACAGGGUGGAGGGAGGUAAAGGGGGGGUAAUGGGGGACAGCUGUGAUAGAGUCAACAAUAAAAAAAAGUAAUAUUUCAGAAUAGUUGUAGUCAGCAUCAGGAAGUUGUUUUCUAUGAAUGGAAUUUGAAUGGGUGUAUGCUACCCUGUGUCUUUAUCACCAGAUCUUUUAUCUAAAAGUCAUCUUGGAAGAAGCUUCAUUCAGUGCCUCUUUGUGGGAAGUGGAGGUAGGGAUCUUCUGACAACAAAUUAAACAUUUUAAUUUUUAAAAAAUUUUUAAGUUAUUUCAGGUGUACAACAUAGUAAUUAGACAUUUAUACAACUUAUGAAAUGAUCACCCUGAAAAAUGAUUUAUGUGAUGUUAACCUCAUUUACAUUUAUUGGGUCCUUUCUAUGUGUUAGAGACUGUGCUAUGCCCUUAGGGUGGAUUAACUCAUUUAAUCCUUAUGACAAUAACCCUCUGACUAGGCACUAUUGCUGUCAGGAUUCCUGUUACGCAGACGAGGGGCCUGAGGCACUGUGGUUAGGGUGAUCUCCCAUGGUCAUGAGGUUAAUAAAUGGAAUUUGGACCCUGGCCAUCAAAUUUCAAAUCUUGAAAUCUUACCAACCAUGUGGGGGUGCACCACUAUGGGAUGCAUUGUAAGACGUAACAUUUUGAGGGUUGCCUUGAAAUUUAUUAAAGAAAUUCAGAACCACAUUGUACUUUACUAGUUCUUAUUUGGGGAAUGGUUUUCUCUUCAGUAUUCUCUUUUCUAUUCAUUUUAAAGUUUAGAGAAAGAAUUGCAAAAGCCAUUAAUUAUGAAGCCUCUAUAGAGAUUAAGCCUAUAAGGAAUGUGAAAUGGAAAUGUAUUUUUUAAUCACUCAUUGCUAAAAAGUACUUAUCUAGGGUUAAUUUCUGUUGAGAAUAACUUGAAAAUCAAGUGAGAGAAACUGUCAUGGCCAUCGAUCACCCAGGUUUUAGAAGGGAGCUAAUUGGUACUUAAAUGAUCUUCCCCCAGGGUUUCACCCCAAGCUCUGAGACUCAGCAGAGGUGUCCCUUUGUAAGACUGGCUUCAUAUUUGAAUAUACAAAUAAAUCUAAUUGGUUUCUACUUCGGAACGCAUUAAGGCUUAGGAAAAAUCCUCUUUAGAUGAAUAUAUUAGGAGUACUUAGGAGACACACACAUGCACAUACACACGGUGCACACACAUAUUCCCGCUACUUCUUUACUUGGCCUUCACUUACCUGAAUUGUUGGAAAAACUGCUGAGCUUGAUAUUCUAGUUGACAAGGGUCUCCCUUCUCUCUUAAUUUGUGCUCUGCUAACCUUCCAUCCACCUACAGUGUACUUACAUGUAUAUUUUCUUCUGUUAUCUAAAUGCUGACUCCUUUUCUACAUGCGAUCACAUAUUAGUGUAUUCAUUGCUUUCCAGACAAACACUGUUGUAGUAAGCACCAGCACCAUAGAAGCCUGAGGCAAAAGUAUUUUAAAAAUUUUAAGGAAAUUGUCAAAUGGAUCUUAAACAGAUGAGAAGAAAAAAUGAUGAGCACCAUCCUCUAGCAUUUAUAAAGAUGGCUAUUUUAUAAAGCUAAAUAUAAAGGGCUAGGAGUAUGUAAGCAGGAGAGGAAUGAUCACCGGAUGUGGAAACAGAAAGCCACGAUUAUUGAUGUUUAAAAGGCAACUCUAUUUUCUUAGGAAUGAGGUGGUUUGAGUGGGGAACCCAGUUAUUGAGGCCAGUGAUUCUCAGACUUUUAAAAAAUCCAUAUGCAUGAACAGGCCAUACCUUCCAAUCAAUUUUGGGUAUGUGCUCAGAUUUGGACAUAUAUUUCAUACAUACUCUUCAACAUCCACACCUCCCUUUCUACCCCUGAGAAUCAUUAUAUAUAUGAUUCUUACUUUUUAAUAUACAUAUGAUUCUUACUUUUUAAUAUACAUAUGAUUCUUACUUUUUAAUUUUUACUUUUAAAAUAUAAAAUCACAAAUAUGGUUGUCCAAACCACACGUUCCUUCUGGCCCCCUCACUCCCCAUUCUGAUGCCUUUUAGUACAACAAAGCUUACUUUGUGUUCAUUAGCUUUUUAGACACUGUCUCUGCAGUCAUAUGAAAUCCAUAAAAAUAUUUUUUCUUUCUGGAUUUCAACACUUACUGGGCACUAUGUGUGAGGCAUUGUCCUAAGCUCUAUAUAAACAAAUGAGAGAACAUGGUUCUUGCCCUCAAGGAAUUUAUAAUCUAGUCAUCUUGCCAGACAAUGUUCGAAAUGUUCUAUGCUCCCAGGGACUGGAACCAGUACAUUUGGGGCAAAAAGUAAUAUUUUAACAUCUUCCAAAAACCCCAUCUCUUCAUUUGCAGUGGUGGUGGUGAUGGGGUUAAGUGCUCCACUAUUGAGAAAAAUACAGGCUACUUGGCAUUGCUGGAGGUCUAUGCCAUCUCUACUCAGUUGCAUUGGUUCAAAGAGGAGUUAGAAAGAGUGCAGGGGAAGAAUUCAGUAACUUCCUUCUGUUCAUAGUGCACCCUACCCUCUACUUUCUUCUUUCUACUUUCUCAGCCUCAGAUCAGCCUGUACUCAUGGUUGGUGGGAAGAGUGAAGUAAAAGAAAUAACAUGGGGGGGGGGGGAUGAUGAACAUUCUUGAAUAUUUUGCAGAAUUAAUUUAUAUCUUUUAUAAAUCAUUUCUGAAAUAAACAACCUUGUUUAAUAAUCAUCUACCUUAAGGGCAUAGCACUAUCUCCAUAAAGAUGGUUCUUAGCUUCCAGCUGUUGGUUGGGUUCCAUUACAUUAUUAUUUUCGGUUACAAAAGUUAUACAUGCUCAUUAUAAAGGAACACACCUGAAAAUAGUUAACAGAAAAAUUUAAGUGUAAUUCUGUCACCUGGAGAUAGCCAAUUUAGGUCUUUGUGAAAAUUUUUCACUUUUGAAUGUAUAUGUAAAUAUAUGUAUGUCUAAACAAAUUUGGAUCAUAGUGUAAAUCCAGAGUAUCCUGCUUUUUUAAACUUAACUCUAUAGAGAGAACAUUUGCCCAUGCCAUUAAAGAUUCUCUGAAAUUGUU